AUGUCAACCGUCAGCACAACAUCUAAUGUUUUAUUUUUUCAGGUAAGGUCGGCCUCAAAUAUUCAAUGGAAACUUCGUUCCAAAUCGAGUCAAAAUGCAAAAGGAGACAACAGUCCAAAAGAAAUCGCCUCUAAAAAUUCAACAUCUCAUAAUAAAAGAAAUAGUCAAAGCCCACCAAAAGAUUCAAAAGUGCCACUCAAGAAAUCGGAAACUUGCCCAAUCAAGAGCCGUUCCUUGCCACGAGACACGAGAUUUUCCGAUUUUAUAGAGAUUGAAAAGAAGAACAAGGAAACUAAACUCAAAGAUAAUGUUAACUCAACAAUACUCAUUCAUACUGAAUUGUACGAUGACGUUUUGACUUCCCAAGACGUGAUUGAGAAAAAAGCGACCGGAGAAGAAAACCCGGAUUUGAAUUUUUCUUCGAUUAGCAUCAGUAGCUAUAAUUUUAGUAAUCGAACCGACACGAGUGGUUAUAGCAGCAAUAAUAAUACAAAUAGUAGCAACAGUAUUCAAUUUGAUGACUAUGAUACCUGCAAUAUUAAUAAUAAUAAUACCAUCAGAAAUAUAUUAAUUGACGAUAAUAAAACUAAAAAGAAAUAUAAAAGGGAAUUUGCUUUUGCGAAGAAUGUUCUUCAUUAUGUUCCCAUUUCGAAUCAUGUGAAACGUUACAAAAAACUGAGGAAAAGUAGUUUGAGUUCAUCAAUGGGAUCACUGAAAAAUCAUCACCUCGGUAGCAAUUUCGAUUUUGAUGAUUCCUGCAGGACCAGAAGCCUCUCCAGAGAAGAAUUAAAAUAUGUGAAGAUAUCUUCACCUACGAAUUUUGUGCAUGUGGCUUCUGCUACAAAUCCUAAAUUGUUGGUGAGUUCUGAUGCCAUUUCUGGCUCUGAGCAGACGAUCAUUACUCAUGAGAAAAAAUUUGCGGAUUUGAGGAUUUUCAAAGUUGAUCGGAUGCGAGAUUCGAGGACUAUGGGAAAUUUAAAAGGUCUUCCAAGUUUUCUACUAAGUGAGACGGAUGGAAGAGGCUACGUGGAAAUUAAAAAAAUACACACGGUUGACGAAGACCCUUGUUAUGACACUGUCAGCAUCGACGAAGCGGUGAAAGUUGUGAAUUUGGAAAAGAGCCAGGUGGUGAAAUUUGAUGAGAACGAGGUCGAAUAUAAGAUUUAUGAACCGAUGUCUGCAUUUUCCAUAUCCAGAGGUCCUCAGGCCAACUCCAGUUUCCUCUGGAAGAAUCAAAUAAAAAAUCCUCAAUGUGACGAGAAAUCUUCGACACUUGAUCGAGGGAAAGAGGUGGAUCUCAAUGAAAAUACCUACGAAGAAUUCGACGAUGCUGGAACACCCUUUGAGGAAGACGAAUACGAUGAUAUUGGCUUUCCACAAAUUGAAGAAUCUGACGAAGUUUAUGACGACGUGAUGCCAUUAGCUUAUCAAAAAGAACAGCACUUCUCAUCAACAAGUACCUUGGAAAUAAGUGACUAUCCAUCUCAAUCUAAGGAUCAAAUCCUGGAAGAAAAAAUAACUGAGAAUGAGAAUAGAAUUGAGGAGGAAAGUCCUGAUUAUGAAAAUCAAGAAACAUCGAUAAGCAACGAAUAUUCGAGUGUGGAAGAGGAUGAAGAUGAGGAUGAGGAUGAGGAAAAAGAUGAUUGUGGACAAGCAGUGUAUGAUGACGUGGGUCUUCCGAGACAGGAACGUGUCAAUAGCCUUUAUGCUGGCUCCAGUGCAGGAUCUCAACCGGGGUCAACGUCAAACGGCAAGGAAUCUGAGUGGGAGGAUCUUGAAGACGUGAAACCCUCUUUGCCUUUACCCAAGAGGAACGUCUCGUCUGCCCGAAAUGGAGAAGCUCAUCAGACUCAAACUAAAAAGAAAUCAGGUCAGAGAUGGUCUCGAAAAAUCAGAGGACAACGUACCAAAGUGUCUCGAAAAAGUUCCGGAAGGUCUCCCAGCCAGACGACCUGUGACCACGUAGUCCUCUUCGAUUCAACAUCAGAUGACAGCAACUAUGAAACGCUCUACGCCUAUCAAUUUGAUGACUUCAGUACAGACUCCGAGGCUGAAACUGAGACGUGUAAUAAUUCUAGCAUUCCAACCACCUUAAACCAGAAUCAAGUUAUAAAUUCCCGCCUUGAACCUCCAACGAAGCCGACACCACCACCUCCCAGAGAAGCGAGUUUGACCCAAACUUUAGGAAGGAGGAUGAAAAUGCUCCGGAGGACCUGGACAAUCACCAAAGGAAGCUUGGGACGAAUACGAAGAAGAACUUCUGGAGAAGAUCCUGCCUUUGAAACUAGUAAUGACCACGUCGUUGCUAGCAGUGAUCACAGAAAAUAUUUCAGCUUCAAAAAACAUUUCAGAAAAGGUCUUACUGGUCUCUCGACUUUUUAUUUGGAGAACAAUCACGAAAAUGGAAAUUCAAAAGAGAGUAAUGAGACGAAUAGUAAUAGCAAAGAGGAAAUUUACAGCAAUAGUAACUGGUACUCGCAAGUUGGACUUUGGAGGGAUGAUAGUAGUUCUUUACAAUCUGAAGCUAAUAGCGCUGAUCACUACAGUGUUCUAGCCGAGGAACCUCUGUAUCAAUUUUACGCAGCAGCUGCUGCGAGGGUUGCGUUUGAAUCAGAUUCUGAUGGAUAUGAAGAGGUGGAAGAUAUAACUCCUUCCUCAGCAGCAAUGGAACUUGCGAAACCUGGCCAUCGAACGCUAUGGUGUCAAACACCUCAAGUUAUUCAUAGUGGCCUCCUACAGAGAUUAUCUCUCGAGGAGCGGAGGAUUCAGGAAGCGAAAUUUGAAAUUGUGACAUCGGAAGCCUCGUAUUUAAAUUCGUUAAGGGUUCUGGAAAACGAGUUUGUAAAUAACAAUGAAUUAGUCAACGACAUUUUGACGCCAAUGGAACGAAAUAAACUUUUUGGGGGAGUUUCAAGUGUUUUAAUGUCUUCAGAAAGGUUUCUAGCUGAAAUGGAAAAUGUGUGGAAAGACGACUCAAUGUUGUUAGGCUUGCCAGAUGUUUUGCUCAAACAUGCAGAAAGGUGUCUUGCCAUAUAUGUUGCUUAUUGCUCGAGCCAAGUCAGCAUAGAUACUACCUUAAAAGAAUUAAGAGCAAGGAAAGGUUUGAAAUUUUUGGAAGUCAUCUCUAGAAUAGAAAUGCGACCUGCUUGUCAAAGUCUCUCGCUGCAUUCGUUUCUGAUGUUGCCAAUGCAACGAGUAACAAGACUGCCUUUAUUAGCUGAUGCUGUUUUAUCAAAGUUACCUAUGGAUCAUCAAGAGAGAGCAUCUUGGGAAAGAGUCUUGUCGAAUCUAAGUUAUGUUGUUGCAGAAUGCAAUGAGGGAGCGAGAGCUGCCAGUCAACUCAUUGAAAUGGAAGCUCUGGCCAGAAAAUUAGAAUACUCGCCCAAGGUACCGCCUGUAAUUUUAAGGGACAGGAAACUCAUUCGCAGUGGGACAGUCGUACAACUAUUGAUGAAAUCCGACUCUGAAUACAAGCUGACUUUUGGAAAAAAAUUCCAGAAAACUCCUCUCUAUCUUCUCUUGCUCACUGAUUACCUUCUAGUCACAAAACUGAAAGCGAAUAGUCACGAGGAUACCUACACGGUGAUUGACACCUGCAAAAGGAAUCUUGUCGCCCUGGAAUCAGUUCCCGAAAAUUCUCCAUUUUCAGGUCGUCACGCGAUGGUUUUAACGCUUCUCGAAAAUCAUUUAGAACGACAGGUCGAAUACGUAAUAACUUGUGAUAGCGACACUGAAAAGGAAAGAUGGCUGGAUGCUGUUUCACCACCAAAAUCAACUUUGGUUGGCGAGACUUUGUACGAAUCCUGGGACUGUCCUCAAGUCAUGGCACUUUAUUCCUAUUCCCCUGGACAACCGGACGAGUUAGCAAUGCAACCAGGAGAUGUGAUAAACGUCUCAAGAAAAAUGGCUGAUGGAUGGUAUCACGGAGAAAAAUUAUUGGACGGCGAACAAGGCUGGUUUCCUGGGAAUUACUCGAAAGAAGUUGCUUCCGAACAUGUUCGAGCGAGAAAUUUAAAACAGAGGCAUCGCCUCCUGGCUUUGAGUGGAAGUGUCUUGCAAAGAAGAGCCAAACAAUCCAUGGCCAUACACGGAUAAAAAUAGGGUACUAAGAGUUAGAAAAGGUUGUAAUGUUACUAUAAAUUAUUCGAAUCUGUACAGUUUUUUAAAAACAAUUUACAAGAAAAGUAUACUUGUAUAAUAACUACGAGCUUUUUGAUUCUGUCAAACCUUGUCUUUCAAAAUACAAUAAUUUUUUUCUUGUAAAAUAGAAAUCACGACUGUCUCCCAUUUUUGGGUCAGGAGUUUAGUAAUAAGCGUUUGGUGUAACAAAAGUAAAUCUCAAUUUAUUAUUUUCCUUGUAUAAACACGCUUUAUUUAUAAAUACACCCAAGCUGUUCCGUAAUAUAUAUGUACUUCUCUUUCUAGAAAUAUAGACUCAAUGUAUG